AUGGCUUCUAAUUCGGGAGAUCCGCCCAAAGACGGCCCAUUAAAAGAAAAGACUGAGAAGAUCCAACCUCGAAAAGGGUCAGGCUAUUCAGACGCGUCUCCAUCCGAACUCGAACAUCGGGAAACUACAGACAAUAUACUAGAUGAAGGAGAGAGACGACGUCUAGAGGCCACGGCCAAAUUAGAGAAUCCUCUUGCUGGUCUCUCUCCAACACAGCUAGCCCAGCGAGGUGAGGAGUUCUGUGUGAAGCACGGCCUCACUGAUGCAGACGACAUUCGCGCUUUCCGACUCGGCGCUAUGAUCGCCGGUAACUUGAACAAGUACGACACCGUCGACGAGCUUACCGAUCGUGAAAGAGAGGUGCUCGACAGGGAGAUUACACACAAAUGGUCAAACCCCACCAUGCUCUAUGCCGUUAUCGUCAUCUGCUCGCUCUGUGCCGCCGUUCAAGGUAUGGAUGAGACUGUAGUCAAUGGUGCGCAGUCCUUCUAUAAGGCGGAAUUCGGGAUAGGAGACUCCAGCUCUCAAAGAGAUUCGUGGUUACUGGGCCUCGUCAACGCUGCACCAUACAUAUGCUGCGCUUUCGUCGGUUGCUGGCUCACGGAGCCAAUGAAUAAGGCUUUUGGACGCCGUGGCACCGUCUUCAUUUCUUGUGCCAUAUCAGCUUUAGCUUGUUUCUGGCAAGCCUUUACAAACACUUGGUGGCAUAUGUUCAUCGCCCGUUUCGCCCUCGGGUUCGGUAUUGGCCCAAAGUCGGCUACGACCCCCAUAUUUGCUGCCGAGUGUUCCCCGCCGAAGCUUCGCGGUGCUUUGGUUAUGCAGUGGCAGAUGUGGACUGCUUUCGGUAUCAUGCUAGGAUACGUAAUGGAUUUGGCCUUCUUUGAUGUCCCUGAUUUGUCAGGAAUUAUAGGUCUAAAUUGGCGCCUUAUGAUGGGAUCUGCCCUGAUACCUGCUGUUAUCGUCUGUGCCAUCGUAUACUUCACCCCUGAGUCGCCUCGGUGGUACCUUACCAAAAAUCGACAUGUCGAUGCUUAUAAGUCUAUCUGUAAGUUGCGGUAUGAAAAGGUCCAGGCCGCGCGCGACCUCUUCUAUAUGGACACUCUCCUUCAGAUCGAAAAAGAGACUAUGAACAUAGGCCAGAGCAAAAUCAAGGAAAUCCUUACCAUCCGUCGAAACCGAAAUGCCAUGAUAGCAUCAGAGAUCGUGAUGUUUAUGCAACAGUUCUGUGGUGUUAAUGCCAUUGCAUAUUAUUCGACGGAAAUUUUCGUUGAGAGUGGCUUCUCUAUUCAAUCUGCUCUCGUGGCCUCGCUUGGUUUUGGCAUCGUCAAUUUCUUGUUCGCUCUUCCUGCGUUUUACACUAUCGAUACGUUUGGCCGGCGCAAUCUACUCCUUACUACUUUCCCUCUGAUGUCCCUUUUCCUAUUUUUCACGGGCUUUAGUUUUUGGAUCCCGGAGGAUAGUACCGCGCACAUCGGUUGCAUCGCGUUAGGUAUAUACCUAUACGGCGUGGUUUACUCUCCAGGCGAAGGGCCCGUCCCAUUCACAUAUAGUGCAGAAGCGUACCCGUUAUACAUCCGUCCAAUUGGAAUGUCACUUGCAACGGCGACGACGUGGCUCUUCAACUCGGUGAUCUCUCUCACAUGGCCAGCGUUGACUCAAGCCUGGACUCCUCAAGGUGCAUUCUCAUGGUAUGCAGCGUGGAACAUUGUUGGCUUCUUCCUUGUACUCUUCUUCCUUCCCGAGACUAAAGAGAAGACGCUCGAAGAGCUUGACGCCGUCUUCAAUGUUCCACUCCGUAGCAUCAUGCGUUACGGCGCAGACCAGUUCUUGUACUUCUGGGGCCACUAUAUCUUCCGCCGCAACAUGGCGCCACCUAAGGUCCCAUCCGCGACCCCGACGAUCGAGUAUACGAGGGAACAAUUCUCCGAGGAGAAGACACACGAUGCAACUGCUCGCGUCUAA